GCAAUAGUUGCAAGUAUAGAGAUUAUGUCUCUGUGUUGCUAUUUCCGAGAGAGGGCGCUUACGUGGUGCUUUAUCCUUCUUCUUACAGUGACACUAUUAUUCUUCUUUGCUACCUUUGGGACAAUGCUUGCCUUUGGUAUUAUGUAUAUUAGUGUCUACAAUACAAGGAAUUCUACUUUAUCUGGUGCUCUGCUUAUUUCCUUUUCUUUCCUGUCUCUUGCUGCCGCCAUUGGCAUACCCAUUUUUUCCUGUUACCGCCGAAAGCGACAAAUUCAAGAGUUAGAUGUGGAAGAAAGGAGUGAAGUGGAACCAGAAGCCGACACGAUGGUUACAAGGCCUGUGGUCUCUCAUAAUGAUGGCAAGACCUCAGUGUGA